AUGUGAUGCUGAAGGGAGGUGUUAAACCUUCAGUUUUUCCGCUUCACAAGUGAUACAGCUCAGACCAGCAGGUAACUGUUGUGCUACUGUUCAGCUUGGAGACGUUCAGCCCAGGUUCAGACGUUCCUGCAACAGAUUCAGCGUUUAUCUUUAGAAAAAGACUCUGGAAUAUGCAGAAAUAUAUAUCCGUGAGCGCUAAUGAUGAUGUCGGUGCAAAGACUGAAAAUGGAUCUCAACCUAAGAAAUACCGCUACGUACGUAAAGAGGGCAACUGUAACGUUGUGUUCCGCCAUGUUCCCGAGGAGUGGAUGCUGUUUGUGACUGACAUCUUCACCACCUUGAUUGAGAUCAGAUGGAGGGUGAUGUUUCUGAUCUUCGCCCUGUCUUACAUCCUGUCCUGGCUCUUCUUUGGCAUUCUCUACUGGGUUAUUGCUCUCGCUCACGGAGAUAUCAGAGAUGAAACAAAUGAGCCCUGUGUGUCAGAAGUGCAUAGCUUCACAGCUGCUUUCCUCUUCUCGCUCGAAACUCAAACCACCAUCGGCUACGGCUUCAGGGGCAUGACCGAGAAUUGCAUGAUUGCCAUUGUGAUAGUCACUGUACAAGAUGUCAUCAGCUGCUUCAUUGACACCUUUAUCAUUGGAAUUGUCGUCGCCAAAAUGGCGUCGGCCAGAAAGAGAGCACAGACGGUGGGCUUCAGCAACCGUGCAGUCAUCAACCUUCACAACGGUUACCUGUGUCUUUCCUGGAGAGUCGGGGACUUCCGCAGACACCACCUAGUGGAGGGGACGGCUUGUGCGCAGAUAGUCCGCGCCACAGUCCAUGCCACGGGGAAAGUGGACGUGACCUAUGAAGACCUAGUCAUCCAGCAGAGGGAGAUCAUCCUAGUCACACCCACCACUGUCUUCCAUAAGAUCGAACCCGGCAGCCCGCUGUACAAGAUGAGCUUGGUUGAUCUGCGUAAAGCUGACUUUGAGCUGGUGGUUUCUUUUACCUACACAGACGACUCCACAGGUAUGCUGCACCAGACCCGCACCUCUUACACUCCACCUGAAAUCCUCUGGGGUCAUCUCUUCCAGGAGAUGAUCAGGGUCAGUAGAAGGAACUACAGAGUGGAUUACGUCCUGUUCAACCACACUGCUAAGGUGCUGGUGCCUGAGGUCAGCGCUGAAGAGUAUGAACUUAAGAAGCAGCUGCGUCCCUCUCCUCGGCAUUCCCCGCGACAUUCACCCAGAGCUUCCCCAAGGCCCUCUCCAAGGUCACAACGGAAAAAUCAGCAAGAAAAACUAUUGAAACCUCCAACAGUGACAGUGGAACUUGUGAGUGACAGCCGCCCUGAGCCAACCCCUUCACCUUCACAAGCAGAGACUAAACAACAGGACACUCUGACUUUGCCAAAUGACCUCACAAGUAGUGACGUAUAAAGCAGAGCCAUCAUAUUUUGUGUGUCUUUAAAGAAACCACUGCUACAGAGGAAUAUAUUCAGAACACUACGCAUUAAGAACAAUAAAUGUUCUGGCGUCUGUGGUUUUUUAGAAUAAAAUUAGUUUUAAAUAUCAAAGACUGAACUUUUAGACUUGAAAAUUCAUUCAUUCAAGUCAAAGCAGUCAAUGUCCCCUGGAAUGGUUGUUACCCCACUGCAGGUCACAGAAUCUGAUAUAUCACAUCGAACAGUGUGACAGCUACGCUGCAAGCCAAUGGAAGAUGAGUACAUCAUACAUAGAGUAGAGAUAUUAGAACAUUGGAUAUUUGAAUGUGUCUGAUUUUAUGAAAAUUGCUGCAGAAGAUCAUGUGAUAAAAUAAAAAUCACCAGAACAGUUAGUAAAUGGA